AUGGACCCUGCAAAAACGAAGACGUUGAAGCGAGAAAAAACGUCGUCAUCGGAAGUCGGCUGUUGCGUGAAAGACGAGCCCCCUGAAGUGGAAGCCGCGGACUGUGCUAUUGACGUUAGUAGUCGUUUGUCGAACGUUGAUUUUAAAGAAAAUGUGCCAGGAACUGAGAACAUGGGCAUGUUUUCUGGACCGCUGGAAGCCGAAGCAACGAAGCCGGUCAGGAACAACUGGAUGAAGGCCCACAUCGAGCAAUCAAUCAGUGAGGAAGCAAGGAAAAGGAUAGCGACUCUCCUCGAGGAUGUCGGCCAGCUUACAGACAUUGAGAAGCUAUUUCUUUACCUCCAGCUUCCCACUGGGACUCCCAUUGACACAGACCCUCUUAAGCAGAAAAGUUCGGGCAAUCCGCUGGGCAAGAAGGCAGAUGCGGAGGUGGCGCAGACUUACACCUGGAUUCAGAGCCACCUCGAGGAAGACCCUGAGACAUCGCUGCCGAAGCAAGAGGUCUACGAGGAGUACAGGAGUUUCUUUGAGAAGAACAAGAUCGAACCACUCUGUGCUGCUGACUUUGGCAAGGUCAUGAAACACGUGUUCCCGUCAGUAAGACCACGACGACUCGGCACGAGGGGAAACUCUCGGUACUGUUACAGUGGGCUUCGUAAGAAGUGUGAAAUGAAGUCACCUACACUACCAGACCUGUCUGCAGGCGAGGACUCGCUGACCAAGGAGUGUCCUGAGGAUGGCUCGGAGGAAGAACGGGAAGAACUGAGUCAGGCCUCGUGGCUGCUGGUGCGCGAGUGGGCCGAGAAGGUACUCUCUCACAAGUUUCCCACCGUGCGCCACCUCGCACGGCACCUGGUGGACAGCACGUUCGUGGAUGCCCGCUCGAUGGCCGCCGUAACCGUGCUCUCAGCCAAGGCCCUCUCCACUGACAAAGGCAGCCAAGCCAGCAGCGCACCUCGAACCCCCGGCAAGCGGCGAGAGGCACAGCAGCAGUUGCAGCGCAAGCUGCAGGAGAAGAAGAGGCUGGGCGACCAGAAGCGUAAGCUUACCGAGCAGCGCUCCCACUCGGCCCAGUCUUCGCAGUGCAGCACACCGACCGAAGGCCGUUCCUCUCAGCACAGACGAGUUUUGGCCGCCACACCGCAGGGCAAACGGGACCAGGCCUCGCCGUCCCUGGUCUCCUCCGACGGAGACGUGGCACGAAGGCUGAAGGAAGAGCCCGCAGAAACCAAGUUGCAAACCUCUGCUGCACCAGGGAACAACAUCAUAUUCGUCCCCACCAUGCAGAGCCUGCAGCUUGGCUCUCAGGACGCCAGCGGCGCAACUGUUGCCACAGCGCCAGGUUGCAAGUACAAGAAGAUCCAGCCCAAGCCAGCCACGUGCCGGAGCACGGCGGUGGUCCUUCACUUCAGUCGGGAAGGCAGCAUUACCACACCUACGGCCGAGGUGGUUUCCUCGGCACAGUCGCCCGUCGUACUCUGUGCAGACCCCAUCGCGGAGGCGGCAGGGCCGUCCUGUGGCGGCAAACUUAGCAACAUAGCCUCACAAACUGUGCUCCAAGUGCCCAGAGAUGGAGUGAACAGCAGCUCGGACUGGGAUGCCAAGCUCACUACGGAGGUGUCUGCAGGAACCACAAAGAGGCAUUCAGAGGACGGAGGGACCCUGCUGUGCAAGAGACGACACACGACGAUGGCAUUAGGACUGAUGCCUGCCCACGGGUCGGUCAAAGAGGAGAUGUGUGUGGGCCACCUGGAGAAAGAGGCACUGAACGAGUAUUACGGCAACACCUCUUACGACACAUCGGUUUUGGAGAGGCUGACUUCGAAGGAUGAACUCUUGCAAGGGACAGUGAGUAACGAAGUUACUGCGCAGACGAUGAGCGAGGUGACCAAGGCCCAAUGUGCGGAGCACAAAACUGCCCAGCUUUCUCAGUUGCGAAUGCUGUUGGAGAGGAACCUCCCCAACUCAUACCAACGGAAAGACCUCAGGCUUAGAUUGCGGCAGUUUAGACCGGCUUCUCUUGGACAUUUUGAUAAUCUGAAGAAUGGAACAUCGCUCAAGCAGGUCACUGUGCCUCAGAACAGUGCAUCCUCCUCGACGGUCCACUGGAAAACAAGUGCCUCGACAAACUUAGUCUGCAAAAGCGCCGGACUGCAGCAACAGGACGAAUUUAGUGCCAUUUCGCUCGAAGGACUCGUGAAGUUGAAAGACACUAUCGCAGAUGCGGUGAACCUUCCGUGUGAUUCGAGCAUCCCGGCGUCAUUGGACCAAGUUCUGGUCGGGGCGAACCAAGUGUCCGUUGCGCCCGUUCCUUGCAGCCCCAGCAGCGGACGCUUCUUCACGCCCAUCUCUCCUCAGACUACUCCCCACCCCGACAGCCUCUUGCCUUCUCUCUCUUCCCCCGUGAUGGCCACUAGCACAGACAUGGUAUCAGUGGCAGUAGGCACGUCUUCACAGCCACCGAGUGCCACAAGCAGCCCGUUUGUGUCGCCAAGAGGCACACCGUACUUGGACGAGGUCGCGGGGCACAGUUCCGGCCAAAGCGGCUAUAGCGGCACACCUCGACAGACACCCUUCCAAGCGGUGGACUCGGGCGUGUCGUCGGUCUCGGGUUCUCCCUUCGUUUCGCCUCAGAGCACCCCGGUGACGGCCGGUCGUGUGCGUCACAAUGCCGCCUACAAUCCCCGGCAGGUGGUCACGUUCACCAACGGCUCACACGGUGCUCCCGGACGCGCCCGUCACAGCUCGGGACCGGGUAACCCCCCCUCCCAGCUCGUGUCGCCACGCAGUGCUCCGCUAUCCCCCAUGGUGGGAGAGAGUGCCACGCAGACCUCUGGAUUCUCAUUUCCAGCCGUCGGCGAGACACCCACGUUGCUGCGUUCGCGCCACAACUCCGCAUCGAGUGUGCCACCGCCUUCUCCGCAGUCGGCCCCUCUGUCGCCGCUGGUGUCGUGCCAGCCUCUGGCUCCCUUGCUCAACGACUGCAACAGCUUGGUGCCCAGCGACACCGACUCGGGCAUGGGCCAACCGCCAUCGAGCCCUGGCUGGUCGGCGGGCCUCAAGGAAAGCAUAGCCAACGCCCCUCUACUUUGGCCGUCGACUUCGUCGUCUGCGCGGCAGCGCCACGCCUCGGGUCCCGCCCUGCCCCAGCGACUUAGCGUGUCCGGAAGCGACCCCCUGGCACAAGAGAUACAGGAGUUGUUCAAGAACACCACGCUGGCUAGUGGUGUACCUUCGGCCAAUCGCAGCCGCUCCGUGCCCGUGCACCAGAUGCUGCUGCUCCAAGAGGAGAUGGAGCCUCAUGGUUUGAGCGGCAUGCUGGACAACUUCUCCAAGUCCUACCCGGCCACGCCAAGCAUGAACCAGUGCUUCAAUUUUCCACAACAGCCGGCUGCUGCCUCAGACACAUUGACCUACACUGGCAGCGAUGCAUUGGCACAGCAGGAAGACGUCUUCUUGGCAUCAGACUGGAACAGCACCCUGGAGAACGAGCCAGCGGUGAAGUUUGAGGAUGAUGACUUUGAUGCCGAGCUGCAGUCUACCCUAGAAGACCUCAAGGACUGUGAUGAGUUCUCGAAGUUUGCUAAGGAGUUGGACUUCACUGCUGAGAACGAGGAUGACGAGAUGACCUGAGUGGGCAGUGAGAUACUUUCUCUUUAAGAGUUGAGCCGCUGGGCAUUUGAUGCUGCUGGCAGCCACAUCUUUCUUGCUCUCUCAAUGUACGAGUGUCCUUGUACACCAAAGUUGACAGGGGUGCGAUGUUCUUGUUUGCCGUAACCACAGAGUUUCUUAAUAGAAGAGUUGCUAGACCAGGACAGUUUGCUUUUUAAUGCUAAGCUACUUUUUUUUUUUUUGAGAUGGUCACUUGGGAGCACUCUGCUAUCAAGUAUAGGGCAAUCACUAGACGAAACUUGGCUCCAUCUUAGAUUUCUACAGAACAUGAAGUUCUUUUGAAGUUCAUUCUAAAAGGAAAUUGGGUGCUGCCUUCGCUGUCUUCUCAUCUUUUCUUAAAAUUUAUCUAUUUGCAUGUGGCAGCGUCAUUUUAUAUAACUGUGCUUGCCAUCAAACGUACUCAUUUUCUCAUGAAGCUGAUGUAAGCAUCAUGCAGAAAUGGCAUCUUAUAUGCUGUUCUAGAGUGACUGAGUGAAUAUCUAUAACAGCUGGCACAUCAUUUGCUCACGCACAUUUUCAUCAUGUCCUGACUUUUUGCGAAUAAUCUGUGUAUUCGCUUGUAGGCAGCAGCAAUGCAGGGCCAGUUUUCCAAUUAGGUAACUUUAAGAAACUCUAUGGUUGCGAACUCCAUAGCUUGUGAACCGAGCCGUGCCUGGUGUUGAUGGGGUCCUAAUUGUGGCUAGAUGGUUAAAGGGGCAGUAAAGGCAAGAUUCUAGCUUUCUAAAAACCGUACAGCAUUUGCUUUGAGGUGACAAAGUAACCAAAGGAAGGAAAGAGCCACACACUUCCCCCGUUAAUUAAAUUGACUGCAACUAAUAGUAACUUUUUGCAGCUAACUAACCAAGCAUUCUUGGAGUUAUGUUGCUACUGCCUGCUCAUAGUCUGAAGACCACAGAUAGAAACUCCACAGGUCUUUAAACAAGUACCUUCGCGGAUUAAUGCCAGUCCAACCAACUCGUACCGCAAUGACAGCAAAGCUGUGUAGGGGAAUUUUCGUAUUUUCCUAGUGUCUUAGUUGUUCGUUCUGCUGCUGGCCAAAAAUCUACCCGGUACCUUGCGAGUCCUUCACCGUAUACUAGCUUUGUACUACAAAACAGCCCGUUACAUCUGGUGCAUACUCUUGUACGUUGUGCCGGACCCGGUGACAACCGCAUGCGGUCGUGUGUACCUACAAACUGGUGUUCUGACAUGCUCAUCGCCAGUACCAGCUAGCUAACGUGCGAGAGAGUAGCAACGAAUUAGUGAAAUAUUGAUUGAUCUGUCAUUUUGGAUUUAAUCUUGAGCUGCAUCUAAAGGUUUCCCUCAGUGUCCCUUUACAACACGGAAUAAAAAGCGAGCCUGAGCUUCGUCAGCGCCUGUCACCUUGGUAAUCGAAUCGCAGUGAGAACGAUCGAGGAAGCGAAAGUUUGGUUCAGCGCUCACUUACGACAAAAAAUAGAGAGAGAGAGAGAGAAAGAAAGCUUGUGGCUGCCAGUGGCAGAUGUUCUGGCCAGCGGGUUUUCUCGGCUCAACCGUUUUACCUGUUGUUUUUAUCUGUUGAUUUAAUCGCCUUUUUUUUUGUCUACCCCACUCUCACUCUCGAAGCACUGUUGUUUUUAAUUGCAGUUGUGUUAUUUCGUGGCGGAAGGCAAAGCGAACGGAAGUGCUUGCAGAAGGCUCCUGUUGAGUAGGCAGAUAACGUCACCUGUUUGUAAUAUAUAUAUACUGUAUGUGUGUAACUUCAUUUUUUUGAGGGCGCACAGAUUUUAAAAGAGAGUAGCUUUUAACCUGUUUCUUCGUAUAUCUUCUCUUUUACGAAUCUGAUAUGUUAUCGUUUGUACUUUCGACCCCGGUACUAUAGUAAUCCCAUCUUUGU